GGGGGGGGGGGCGUCAGGCUAGCACGUAAAUAUAAUACAAUUUCAGAAAUUGAGUUUUCUAACAACUAAUCAAUUUGUAUAUCGAUGAAAAUUUGUUUCGCAACAUUACAAGAAGACUUAUAUUUUCUUCCAACUUGAAUAGUACAGUAAAAAAAUAGAAUAUCAUAAUAAAGAUAACGAUAAGAUAAUGUGUUUUGGCUUGUUAAUGAUCAAAUCGUUGUCUUAUUGGAACGACUAAUAAACAAUGUUUUACAGAAAACACAAUAUUCAGAUGACUAUCAAGCUUGAUAACACUAAAUCAACAGUAGCACAAUUAAUAGUCAACUGAUCGUUCACGUGCUGCAGCCACAUAUGAAUAAAUUUAUUGACAAUGUAAUUAAUUGUCUAUAUACGAACCAAUUUGACUGCAAUUGACCAUCCUAUCCGAAUAGAACUUUCGAUCAAUUUUAAAAGCAUUCUUUCAUGUUUUUCGAAUUGUGCAAUACUGACCUUAUUCAAGACAAUCUAAGGAUCUAUUACGAAUUGUGAAUUUGAUUGAUCACAAGAUCCACAUCUUGCACCAAGACAGAGAACAUCCAAAGAUCAAUAAAUGAAACGUUGCGUUAAGGCAGGAUUUUAUCAUUGUGCAAGCAAAAAUAAUCUAUUUGAAUUCUAUCAUAUCCGUGUUAAAAGCUGCUAUAUCAUUGACAAAUACAAGACAAGAGCAAAAUUACUUUUUUUCUUACGUUGUAAACAUUUUCUCUUAGGAUCAUAGCUCGAUUUAGAGAUUUAAUUGAAAAGAUAAACAGAAUACAGGCUUUGCGAAGUUUCGUUUUCUCGAGAAACAUCAACUGCUUAAUUGUGUCUCAGGAGGGCAUCUCAAUUUUUUGAAAACCUGCAAAGAUUUCAACAGACUUCUAAGAUUUUAAAAGACUCGAACACACUUGUCAAGAUUACAAAAUAAUCACUAAUAUUAGAGAAAAACCAAUAGUUCAAACAAACAUCUUAAAUAGAAAAGAAAUGCCUCAAUUUUCAUUAUCCUAAAUCGUUAUUCUUUUUUUUGUAUUUCUCUUAACGUAAGCAACAACUUUUUAUUUUAAUAGUGAUGACCAAAAAUGGAUUAAUCAUCGACUAUUAUCGGAUUUUCUUCGUUUUUUUUCUACAUGAUACUAUUUUGAAAAAAUCAAUGACCAUUCUUUUUUUUUCAUAUGACAUUUGUUGACAAAAAUAGAUAAAGUACCGUCUUUAAUUUCAUUUGCUCGCUCACAUAUAGUCAAUUGAGAUAAUAGGAAAAUGCAUCUUUGUUUUUAUUGACGACAGCAGCCAAUUAGAUGAAAGAAAUAUACGCAUAUAAAUAAUCACAUUUCGGAGUUACAAUACACACAAACAGAAGUACAAAAAAGAUAUAGAACAUUCAAUGAUUCAAUUGGAUAAUUUACCUGAUGAGAUUCUUAUGAUGAUUUUUAACAAUAUGUGUCAAGCUGAUGUUCUCUAUUCUUUAAUAGAUGUUAAUCAACGACUUAACACAAUUGUACAUGAUCCAAUUUUUACUAAUCAUUUGACUUUACUGGAACAUUCCUCGGAUCAUUUCAUACAUUCAUUAACUGAUUCAAUGCUUGAUCAAUUUUGUUUAGAAAUUUUACCCAAAAUUAAGCAUAAAAUCAAAUGGCUUGAUCUUGAACCAUUAUCUAUGGAACGUAUCCUUCUUGCUACAAAUUAUCCUUGUUUAUAUGGACUUACUUUAUAUAAUAUUGACUUGCGUACAUGUAUAUAUUACUUUUUUGAACUGCAUGUUACUGUAAACAAUUUCGAUGAUUGUCUUUAUUUACUUGAUGGACAUUUCAAUGAACUUCGUAAAUUUCAUGUUAAUAUUUCUGACAUUCACUCUGCACAGUUAACAAUCAAUAAUAGGGAAAAUUUACCUAAUUUAAAAUGCUUUUCAUUAUAUUCUAACAUAGAGACAAGUUCUUAUGAUGAAUUAAUUGUUCCACUUCUACAUCGAAUGAUCAAUUUAGAAGAACUUGGUUUAUAUGUUAAAAUUUGUGACAAGAACAUAUUUGUUGAUGGUCAUGAUUUGAAAAAAAAUAUUAUCAAUAAAUUAUUACGAUUAAAAAAAAUUCAAUUUUAUAUUCGUUCAACUAUUGGUCUUAAUCAAAUUAAUUUACCAUCAAAUGAAGAUAUUCAAUACACAUUCGAAGAUUUUCAUGAUAAUCAUAUUAUUUCUUAUAUCGAUUAUUUUUCAGAUACUCAACAAGGUCGAUGUCAUAUUUAUUCAUAUCCUUAUACACUGUGCGAAUAUUAUAAGAUAACAAAUAAUUUUCCAGGUGGAUUAUUUAAAUGUGUUUCUAAAAUAUCAUUAUAUGAUGAACGACCAUUUCAACAUGAAUUUUUUCUUCGAAUUGCUCAAUCAUUUCCAUUUGUGAAAAAAUUAAGUUUAGAAAAUAUGAAACCUCGAAAUGAUAAAAAAUCUAAAAAUUCAGAAGAUGACAAUCAAAUUUUACCAAUUAUUGAAUAUCCUCAUCUUACUACACUUGAUCUUACUGAAGCUCAUUUAGAUUAUAUUGAACUAUUUCUACUUGAUACCAAAAUGCGUUUAUCAAAUAAUGUUUAUCUUGUUGUCAUUUAUCAAGCACUAAGAAGAGUAACAGAAAAAUUUACAAGAAAUGCAACACGAAUCAAUGGCGAAAAAUUACAUCGUUUAAGUUUACUUGGUAAAUAUCGAAUUCCUAAAUAUGUAAAAGAAUAUUUUCCUCAUACCGAAAUAUUAAAUUAUUAA